AUGAGCGCCAUCCUCUCCGCCGACGACCUCAACGACUUCAUCUCCCCCGGCGUGGCGUGCAUCAAGCCCAUCGAGACCCUACCGCCCGCCUCCACCGAUGAUGCCACCACCUCCUCCUCCUCCAACGAGACCGAAGUCAUCCUCGACGGCGGCCAAGGCGCCGCCGCCGGGCCCGGUGGUGCCAAUGGCGCCAAUGCGCCCGCGCAAAUCUCCCUCACAGACUGCCUCGCCUGCUCCGGGUGCGUCACCUCCGCCGAGGCCGUCCUCGUCAGCCUGCAGAGCCACGCCGAGGUCCUGUCGACGCUCGACGCCGCCCCCGCGCUGCGCGUCGUCCACCAUCCCAGUAACAACAUCGCCGGGGGAGGAGGAAAGUUCGCCGUCGAGGGCCUCGAGAACGAGGACGCCAAGCUCUUCGUCGCGAGCGUGAGCCCCCAGACAAAGGCGAACCUCGCGGCCUCGUGCGGAGGGGGCGUCUCCGCCGCGGAGGCUGGCCGCAUGGUUGAGGCGCUGCUCAGGGGCGAGUCUGGGCUCGCGGGCGGUGGGCGCUGGAAUAACCGCUUUGCGUGGGUUCUCGACACGAAUGUCGCGCGCGAGGCUACGCUCGUGCUCGGCGCCGACGAAGUCCUCGGCACGUCCUCUUCCCCUUCUUCUCAUUCUUCUUCUACAUCAUCAUCAUUAUUAUCAUCGCCGAACCCAACGACGCCCGCCCGGCCGAUCCUCGCGUCCUCGUGCCCCGGCUGGGUCUGCUACGCAGAGAAGACGCACCCGCACGUGCUGCCGCAUCUCUCGCGCGUCAAGUCGCCGCAGGCCCUGACGGGCACGCUCGUCAAGACGGCCCUCAGCCGCGCGCUGGGCAUCCCGCCGAGCCGCAUCUGGCACCUCGCCGUCAUGCCGUGCUUCGACAAGAAGCUCGAGGCCAGCAGGGAGGAGCUCACCGACGAGGCUUGGGCAAGCGGCGACGGCGCAGGGGGGCGCGGCGUCCGCGACGUGGACUGCGUCAUCACGAGCAAGGAGGUCCUCAUGCUGGCCGAGUCAAGGGGGAUAGAUUUCCUUUCUGCAUUGAAGGGCGGCGCUCCGUCGCUGGGCGCCCCCGAGCCGUUCCCGGACGCUACGCUACACGACUUCCUCUUCCCCCGCGGCGGGACCCGCAACCCUCCCCGCGCUGCCGGCACCUCGGGCGGCCUGCUGCACCACAUCCUGCAGAGCAGGGCGGCGCAGACGCCCGGCGCCGAGAUCCAGGUGAACCGCGGCCGCAACGCCGACGUGGUCGAGUUCCUCGUCACCGUCGGCGGCGAGCCCGUCUUCAAGGCCGCGCGCUACUACGGCUUCCGCAAUAUCCAAAACCUCGUCCGCAAGCUCAAGCCGGCGCGGCCCUCCCGCAUGCCCGGCGGGCGGCCCUUUGGCAGCGCCCGGAGGCCCACGGCCGCCAAGUCGGCGAGCUCAUCCCUCGAGAACAGCUACGUCGAGGUCAUGGCCUGCCCGGGCGGCUGCACCAACGGCGGCGGACAGAUCAAGGUCGACGACCCCGUCGUGCUCGAGCGCAGGAACCUGUCCGGCAAGCCCGGGCCGCAGGAGCAAAAGGAGUGGCUCGCAGAGGUCGACGAGGCGUACUACUCUGACGACCAGGCAGAGAGACUUGGUAGCGGUGGCGGUAGUGGUGGCGAUGGCGCCGAGGGAGGGGAUGACGUCGUCGGCGGCAUCUCCCGGUCGUACAUACAUGAUACCCUGGCAUACUGGUCCCGCAUGACGGGCGUUGGCAUAGAUAGACUGGCGUACACGAGCUAUCGUGAGGUGAUUAGCGAUGUUGGAAAGGACAAGGCCGGGAGCGCCGAGACGGUGGUCCAGCUGGCCGGCAAGAUAGGGGGCGGAUGGUGA